UCCCAUGCGGUGCGCCGUAACAGCCGCCUCUUGGCAAGAUGGCGGCGGCCGCUGGUAUUGGCGAAGCCCCUCUGCGGCUUCGGCUGCUGUUCGACUACCCGCCGCCGGGAAGUCCGGCCUGCGGGCUCUGCUGGCUGCUGCUGGAGCCCAGUCAGGUGCGCCUCGUCACCGAUAUCAUCAGCCUCAUCCGCCAUAAAUUCGGCUUCAGUCGCCACAGCCAGCUCAGCCUCUUUCUUGAUGGCGCGCUGCUGCCGCCCACCGAGAGCGCGCGGCUCGUGCGGGAUAACGACUCCCUCCGAGUCAAACUGGAAGAAGUUGUCAGAGAAGACAAUUACAAUGAAUUCACCAAUGGUUUCAGUAACCUUUCAAAAAAGCAAAGGAAACGACACUGGCAAACUUUGGAAGCAAAGGAAUCUGAAAGUGAAGAUGGAAAAUACCAAAAAAGGAAGAGAAAACAGAAUGCUGAGCAUCUUUCCAGUCAAGCAGAGAGCUGUACAAAUAUUGAAGAUUCUGCAACACUUAGGAAAAGAAAAAAAGUAGUGACUACAGGUAGUAAGACUGAUAACACUUCUAAUUCCAAAAAGCUUAAGAAACAAGCUAACAAGGAAAAAAAACAGAAAGCAGAAAGAGACAAAAGGAAGACAAAAACAAGGGUACUUAAAACAAAGGGCACUUCACAGAAGACCAAGACUUUUAUUUUGAGUCCAAGACACAAAAGCACAACAGAAAACACAAAAGCAAACUCCAGCACAAAGAAAGAUGGAACCUCAAGUGACUCCUCAACAUCCUCAUCUGACAGUGACCAUAGUAAUACAGGUGCAAAACAAAAGCCCACGCCUAAAACUAAAGUGGCAUCUGAACCCAUAGACAAAUCACAGCUGGCUUCUGUAAAAUCUAUUUGUGCUGAUAAACCUGCUGCUAAAUGUCAAAACACAAAUUCUCUUAAUAAAACCCAAAGUAAAAUGGUGAAGAGCCAGUCAUCUAGUUCAGAUUCUGAUUCUAGUUCAGGGGAAUUGGGGGAGCAGCAGAACAGUAACUUGAAAAAUAAACUACCACAUAAUAGACAAGGAACUGUGACAGCUCUGACUUCAAAGACCAAACCUAAAACCUCUUCAGAUUCAGAUAGUUCAGAAUCAGAGACUUGCAUUAAGAAGCCCAAGACAAAUGCCAUAGUUAGUCCAUCCUUUGCAGAGAACAGUGGCAAACAACUGCCAGCAGGCAUUUAUGGACCAACUACAAAUUUGAGUAACAGUCAAAGGGGACGUGGGAGAGGAGAAAAUCCCUUUUGGAGAGGACCUAGGAUUCGUGGAUGUCGUGGGAUGAUCAGGGGUCGGGGAAGAGGCAGAGGAGAAAAUGCUAACUACUUCUAUAAUUACAACAGUGAACACCAAAAGCAACAACAGCUGAAUGAAACAGCAACAAACACUUCUGUUAUUAUCCAGAAUCCAUUGGAAGCUCCAAAGAAGGACUACAGCAUCCUGCCUCUCUUGGCUGCCCCUCCACAAGUUGGAGAGAAAAUUGCCUUUAAGCUGCUGGAACUGACUGAAAACUAUACUCCUGAAGUAUCUGAUUAUAAGGAAGGGAAAAUUGUCAGCUGGAACCCUGCUAACAAACAACUGGAACUUGAAAUACUUUCCUUUUCAUCAGUGACAAAAGAACCAGGAAAGUUUGAUCUGGUUUACCAGUCUGCAGAUGGAGCUGAAACAAUAGAAUAUGCAGUAUCUCAAGACAGAAAGAUAACUCAAAGCUGGGAUGCAUUGAUUGAGCCAAGGCUAAUAGUUGAACCUCCUAAUAGUCAACCAAGUCCUAAAAAUGGGAAUCCCUCAGAUGUGACCUUGUGUGUCCCAUGUGUAAAUAGCUUGUAAAUUGUUUUCCCUCUGUUUCUAAAGAGGAUGUAUGCACAUCACUGUUUUUGUAAUAAAGGAUUUCUAAGUUGA